CUUUCGAACGUUCCUGAGAUACCGCCGGCUGGGCCGGCGUUCCCAUUGGCUGAGCGGGGAAGCUUCCCUUUUCUUUUUUGGCUUAGCUCCGCCCUUUGGAACAUCCAGACUCCCACGACGCUUGCGUUGAGUUGGAGGCUCCAGUGCCGGAGGAGGACGACACCUCCUGGACCCAAAUCCCUCGGCGUUGUGGAAAACCUGCUUGGGAAUGAAGGGGACAGCGGCCGCUUGAUCCAUUCUGUGGGACCCCUCCGUGGACGUGCGCCGCGGUGAAGAACAAAAAAGACGAGCCCUCCGGGAUUCGGCAAGGAGGUGGCUUUGAGGCCCCGCUCCGGAGCAAUGGCCACUCAGCUGGGGUCUGAGACCCAGCUGGAACAUAUGGUGUGGGAGCCUUACGCCCCCGUGAUGACACUCAGCUCCACGACGGGUUUAGAGGCGAAGCUGGGCUCCCUGGCGCUGUUGCUGCUGGUGACCCUCUUAUGUGGGCUCCUUCCCCUGUGGCUCUUCCGUCGGCCUGGAGCUGCAACCAGCUCGUCAGCUACUCGCAGGAAAGUUUUAAGCUUAGUGAGCUGCUUUGCGGGCGGCGUCUUCCUGGCUACUUGUCUCCUGGACUUGAUCCCUGACUACCUCGCCGGCAUUAAUGAGGCCUUCGACGACUUGAGAGUCACGCUCCGUUUCCCCUUGCAGGAGUUCAUCUUGGCCAUGGGCUUCUUCUUGGUCCUCGUUCUGGAGCAGAUCGUGUUGGCCUACAAGGACCAGUCCGCCUCCCUGGAAGAGAGCCAGGCCCUCCUUGGCUCCGCUGCGCACAACUCCGCCUCUGUCCAGGACCAGAGCUGGCCUGAUGUCCCGCUGCCCCAACAGCUUCCCCGGGAGCGCCCCCACGUCCACGUGGAUUUCAACGCCCACUCGGCCAUCCGCUCCGUCGUCCUCCUGCUGGCUCUCUCGCUCCACUCCGUCUUUGAGGGGCUCGCCGUGGGGCUGCAGGAGGACGGGGUCCAAGCCCUGGAAAUCUGCUUGGCCCUGCUGAUCCACAAGGGAGCCAUUGCCUUCAGCCUCAGCCUCAAGCUCCUCCAGGGCCACCUGCGCCCCCGAGUUGUGGCGGCAUGCUUGGUCCUCUUCGCCAUCAUGUCCCCGCUUGGUAUCGGGUUGGGCGUGGUGCUGACAGAGACCCCCACGGCCACCCUGCACCGCCUCUCCCGCAGCGUGCUGGAAGGCCUAGCCACUGGCACCUUUGUCUACAUCACCUUCUUGGAGAUCCUGCCCCACGAGCUCAACUCCUCUGAGCAGCGCAUCCUCAAAGUCAUCAUCCUCCUGGCUGGGUUUGCGCUAGUCACCAGCAUCCUGUUCAUUAAGAUCUGAGGAGGGUGUGUGUGUGUGUGUGUGCUUGUGGCGUGGAGUAUAUGUGUGGGUAAGAGGCGCCCUGCAGACGUGCCCUUGGUAUCAGCAGAAUUGUUUCACCAGUGUAGGAAAUGGGAGGGAGGGAAAGAGGUCAAGUUGUCACUCACGGGUGCAAACAACUCCCCUCUCCAGGAAAAGUAUGAAUCAGUUUUGUCUCUAGGGGUUCCUCCCGCUCCAUUGAUUUCCCCCUGUGGGGGUUCCCAUCCUUUAUAACCCAGGUCUAAAACUUGGGAUUAUUUUGGGAAUUAGUUUUGGAGGCUGUGCCCUUCCCCCUCCCCGAAAAAGCAACUUGAUCUGUUUUAGAUCUACCUUCUGAAUGGCGCUGACUCCCUCGUUCCAAUCUCGUCUGUGCUAGGCCUGCCUGUGUUGCACGACCCUGCGGCAGAGCGAGAUUCUGGUGGGAUGUUAAAAGCACCCAUCCCCCUCUUGUGCAUAUGUAGCAUUUGAGGCUAAAAAUAUAUAUAUUUGUAGUUGGGAUGGGGACGACGACGAUUUGACCAUCGCUUGUGGGAUUUAAGAAAUAAGUGGGGCUCACAUUUUGGAAAUGGGGGUCAAUGGGAAGUAUCCCGCGUUCUCUGUCUGUUAAGUACAAGGUCUCUUGCGCUAGCAGAUGGCUGAAUUUUUAAUGUUGCCUGACAGAGGAAACCAGUGUCACAGUUGCGCCAGUGGAAACUUGCGACGCCACUGAUCGUGCAAUGCGUUACCAGCAGCCUGAUUAGGAGUUCUCUCGUGCAACGAUGUACCCCUGGUGCAAAACAUUCCAUCAUAUAAAACAUACCGCCAAGUGACUUUAUCUUAGUGCUGCAUCAGAUGCAACUCAUUGCCGUUUUAUAAUUGUGGAGGCGUGUGUGUGUGUGUGUGUGGGUCUCUUGCUUGUGUUCUUAAUUAUUAUUUUAAACUUAGGUUUCUGGUGCCAAAAUAGUCCUCUGACCAGCUCCUUAGAGGGCAAUCUUCUUGCCUUAAUCUUUUUCGGUGCCUUGACUAUUUUUAAAGGGCUUGCAUCCACCUGUGUGUUUUGUAUAGCGUGGCUGGUUGGUACAUCUCCUGUAGAAGUAUUUUUGGAUUUAGGACACCUUCUUUCCUUGACCAGCCUAGCUCUUUUCAGGGACACCCAAGGCUUCCUCCAUUUUUGAGGCCUCUGGUGUUCCCUGUUUUAAGUGCCAAAUGUUCUCUCACCUGCCUGAUCGUUCGGUUUCUGUGACAUUUGCUCGUUGUGCCGUGAUUGAAACUUGUGUGAAGUGGCGGCUGUGGAUGAAGCGACGCGGAUGGAGCUUUCGUUGUGGAAACUAAUUCCUUUCAUUGAAGCACUCCACAUGUUUGGUUAAGAGAUGCUGGCCGAUACAAAAAAUGUGCUCUUGUGUAGGCUCUGUUCAUGAAUCUGUUGUAAGCUUGCUUGAUUGGAGUAUCAUCUGCGAGGUCUGCUUCAUUAAACUGACUUCCAUUGGAGAAAUGACCUGCUGAUUUUAAAUAUUUUGCAUUAUGCAAAAGUAUUUUGUCCGGCCAGAUCCGAAGGGUUAGUUCUUGGCUACAUAUAUUGUGAACUUUGUUCACGCAGGGAUGGGGAACCUGUGGCCCUCUAGAUGUUGUUGGACUACAGGUCAUGUCAGCUCUGGCUAGCUUGCCCAGUGGUGAUGGGAGAUGGAGUCCAACAACAUCUGGAGGGCCACAGGCUCCCCAUCCCUGUGUUAACAGAAGGCUAAAGUCACGGGACUAGUGUCAAGAUCACGUUUAGUUACAUUUCUCGCUAACCAUGGUUUGUUGUCUUAACCCUGGUUAAGAUUUCCCUACCCACAAAUGUGGAGUGAAAGUGUGGUUUAGCUUUCUUGGCUGAGCCUUCCUCCAGGGGGCAUGUUCAGCAAGGCACAGAUGAGCGGGCGCAUUGGAAAAAUGGUAGAUGACCCCAACCGUGGCUUGUUUGGUCCAGAUGCAACAUUUAACCAUUGCUAAUGCAAACCAUGCUUUGCAAACCUACUUCAAACCAUGGGGUUUGCUGCCAGUCCUUAGCCACGGAUUAGGUAUUUGUGGACACAAUCUUAGCCACGUUGAAAAACCAACCAACCAACCUAGCUCUGGACUGUUUACUCUGACCGUCAGCAACUAGGGUCUUGGGCUGAGACUGUCUUUAGCAUCUGCGUUAUGUGACCCUUUAACUUGGCUGACAACGUUUUUCAAGCCAAGAGCAGCAAUGACCCAUGUUCAACCUUCUGGGGGCCGGACAUCAAAGUAGGCGUGGCGAGAACAGUUUUCAAGGCUGCCUUCUAAAAGAAUUUUCCAUCAGCUACUCUACACUAUAUUAAAUCUGUUUUCUAUCAUUCGCUAUUCGUUACGAAAAUUAGAAAUAAAAGGACAGGUCGUGUGUGGGGGAGUGCACCAGAAAUCCUUUGAGGUGCCAGAUACGGCCUGUGAAUUAGUUACCCCUGCUUUAAUUGGAGAUGCCAUGGAUUUAAAGUGGGACCUUCUGUGUAUGAAGCAAACCCUUGACCACUGAGCUGAGUAUUACGGUUUUUAUUUAUUUGGGCAGUUUGGUACCAAACUGUAUAUUGAACAAAACUCUAAGCGGUUUACACCGUAGGUUAAACCACCGUAAACAAACAGCAAAUACCAAAAAAUGCACAGGAAUUUCUAUAGUCUAUAAAACACAGUUAACAACUAAAAAGAUUGCAGCUGCUUUAGCAGCAAAAUAAGCAUCGCACAUCACAGUCGGCUUCAAUUGUGCAAGGAAAAUUCAUAAUAAACAACUACACGAAAUAUCCUCUAAGCAUCAGGAAGUAAAACAUUACAAAUGAAAAUAAACUAAAAAGUGUAAAAUUCAAGAUUUAAAAAUAACAUGGUAGACGAUUAGGCAACAAAAAAAUGACUCUCUUCCCAACACAUCAGUCAUUCACACUAUUAAACAAUCCAAUUAAAUUCCCAGCACCUUGUAUAGCAAUAAACACCAUUCAUUUCCACUCAAGCACACAUUUACAUGAUGAACACGCACAUCAACAAGUGUUAUGCCUGCAGCCUUUUAUCCCAGGGGCCGGUAACGUGGUUCUCAGGGGCUAAACGCAACUCUCCCGGUUAUUCUGUCUGGACCUCAGAUCCACACCACACCUCUCUGUGGCCCUGCUCAGCACCCCAAGUGGUUGGUUUGUUUGCCUCACUGACUAUGUCCUUGAACUCUGAUAAUGUCCAGAUGCAGGAUAACGAGAUGUCUGUGUAUAUGUAAAAACUGGCUUCCUGUACAAGGUUUACAACUUUUAUUGGUUGCUCCUCCCACUUUUGCCUCUGGCCAUGCCCACUGCUGGCAUGUGGCCCUGGGAAAGUUGCCUAGGGGGUAAUGUGGCCCUUGGGCUGAAAAGCGUUCCCCACCCUUGCUUUUUAGCAUGUCAGGCGUGUCUGCUGCAAGAUGUCAGCCAGCAAUUGGGUGAAUUUCCAUAGGUGGCCUUCGGCUCUCAGGUAUUUACAGAUCUGGAGUUCCUGCCACAGGUGAUAUUCAGUUGUCCGGUGUGCCGCUCUAGUCAUGGGCCUUUGCGGAGUCCAAACGGGAUGACAACAAACCAAGAACGGCAGGUUGAACGCUGGGCAUUUUCCUAGGCAAUAAAACAGCUUUUCUUUGGGGAUGUGGCUAAAUGAUCAGACCACCGCCGUGAUCACAUUAAGCUCUUUUGAAUGCUCCAUAUUGACCGCUGUGUAUUGACUUCAAACAGGUUUUGCUCUUAACGAACCGCUUCCUGUCUCUUGGUGGCUGGUGGGGCAUUAAGACGCCCACAGCACAAGUCACUGUUGUUGGCUGGAAAAUACUUGGUAAUCGGGGGCGGGUGGUGGAAACAAAAGCAGUUUCUAUAUCCAGUUUUUUAAAAGCAUAUAAUUUCUUAACUUGGAUGUGUAGCAGUUUUUUUUUCUUUUGUUUUCAACUCUUCUCACUCUUCAAGGCCUCCUUUCCAUGUGUGCAUUGCCAGAGGACUUGGGAGGGUGGAUGUUGUAGAUGGGGCUGGAUGUGUACCUUGAAAAUGGCCUUCCCUCCGGGGCCAUGUUUUUUGGGGGAGAUGUGGGCUGACUUUGAUCUCCCGGAGAAGAUGGAAGUGUCACUGUUGGGUCUUCCCACCGUGGGUCUGCCAGAACGUUGAUUUGAAAAAAACCCACGGAUGUUUACAAUGUAUCUAUCAAGGUUGCUCUUUGGUUGGCUUUGGCCUAGAAAAUGGGAGCGCUUGGCUUUGGUGAUUGCGUAGUGGUUAUUCUGUAUUCUGCAGUUCCCCGUUUUGCAGUUGGUUGAGUGGCCCUUUGCAGGGUGAUGUUUUCUCUCUGCGGCAGUUUUUUUUAUUUUUAUGUGAAGGGUCAUGAUGUAAGGAUGGGGGUGGGCCCGCAGAAUUUUUCCUUUGCACAGAGAGCGGGCAUUCUGAAUCGUGUGCCCUUGCAUUCCUUUCUCGCCAGAUGAAAACAUGGAUGUCCAUUGCUGUGCCAAAUUGCUAAAGAUGUGAGCAACCAAAUAAAAGGCUUUUUACUCCA